AUGGCCGUACAAUGGAACUUCGCUUUAGCUCUUUCUAUUGUCAUCUUCAACUUCAUCUCUCCGACAUUUUGCGUUGCCCAAAAGAUGAAUCCCAUUGAUAGUUGCUGGAGACAGAACCGUAAUUGGCGAAGAAGCAGGCAGCAACUGGCCACUUGCUCCGUGGGGUUUUCAGGGAAGAUGACUAACAACAUUGGGAAAGAUACUAUCCGCUACAAAGUGAGUGAUCCUAGUGAUGAUCCACUGAACCCUAAGCAAGGGACUCUGAGAUAUGGAGCCACCAUGAUCACUGGAAAAGUGUGGAUAACUUUCCAAAAGAACAUGAACAUUCAGCUUGUCAAGCCACUUCUCAUUAGCAGCUUCACCACACUCGACGGCCGUGGUGUCGACAUUCACAUCACUGGCAACGCUUGCCUUCUGGUCUACAAGGCAACAGAUGUGAUCAUCCAUGGGCUAAGGAUUCACCAUUGCAAGGCCGUAGGCCCUGCAUCGGUAAGGGGACCAAAUGGAGAAAUGGUGCCUCUAGGUCAGAUGGAUGGGGAUGCAAUCAGAUUGGUUACUGCAUCAAAGGUUUGGAUAGACCACAAUACCCUAUAUUCAUGCCAAGAUGGUCUUCUGGACGUGACUCGAGGAUCUACAGACGUUACCAUCUCUAACAACUGGUUCAAGGACCAAGACAAGGUUAUGCUUCUUGGACACGAUGAUGGGUACUUGAGAGACAAGAACAUGAGAGUUACUGUUGUGUUCAACCACUUCGGUCCAAAUUGCAACCAGCGGAUGCCAAGGGUUCGCCAUGGAUAUGCACACGUAGCCAACAACCUGUACCAAGGAUGGGAACAGUAUGCAAUUGGGGGAAGCAUGAAUCCUAGCAUUAAGAGUGAAGCCAACUACUUCAUUGCACCAAAAUCAGGAAAUAAAGAGAUAACAUGGAGAAACGGUAUAAAUGAAAAAAGCAAGCCAUGGAAUUUUUAUUCUGUGGGAGAUGUAUUUGAAAAUGGAGCCUCUUUCAUCCAGACAGGUUUAAGUGGGGCAAAUCCUAACUAUAACAAUCAACAAAGGUUUACAGUUGCAAAUGCCAAGUCUGUCCCAUUUAUAACAAAGUGA